GGCGGGUCACGUGUGCGGAAGCAGCGUUGUGGUGAAGGAGCCGGCCAUGGCGGACAUGGACGCGUUCAGACCCAGGCCAGAGGCGCCCAAUCCCCCCCCAGCGCCCCUCACCCCCACCGUCGGCGCCCCGGCGCCCGGCCGCUCCCUCAGGAGAACACCUGUUGGAGCGUCCAAAAGAUUAAACGCAAGCUUUAAGUCACCACUACUUGCAAGCCAGCGGAAUGUGGAACUCAGUGUUGUUGACCUUCAAAAUGAACUCGGAGAUCUGAGGAAGAAAUCUGAAGAUCUCGCCAAACAGAUUGCUGAACUGACCUCGGAGGGAUACACUCUCGAAGAACUGAAGCAGCACAUUGACCAGCUGCACGAGUACAAUGACAUCAAGGAUGUGGGCCAGAUAUUGUUGGGAAAACUGGCCAUGGUGAGAGGAGUCACCAUCAAGGAUCUCUACGGUGAGUUUGGACUGGAUUUGGACGACUAGACUACAUCGAGGUGACCAUUUACUAGACCACGUGAGGUCAAGCUGGAACAGAGGCACCUUGAUCUCUGCUUAUUGUGUUAUCAGGAGAAGGGAAAAGUUAAUCCUGGCCCUAAGUCGACGAGAAUAUCGGGGGGGGGGGGGCGGGUUUGGAACUUGGUGUGAUAGCCGAAACAUAGCAGAGUUUGAAUGAAGGCAGAUCGACACAAAAAGCUGCAGUAAAGGGCCUGCCCCGCUCGGUGAUUUGUUUCGGCGACUUCCGUCAUCAUGUCAGUUUGGCUUUCUUCCCAACCAAUUGUUCAAGCGCUUUUGAUUGCAACAUGCGCCUUAAUUUAGUUCAACAAAGAAACUGACAAGUUACUAAAGAACAAGCCAAAAGAUUUCGAGCAUUUCAAAACCCAGCGGCGCCAAAAAAAAAGCUGCGAUACUUGAGGAAUCACCACACGUUAAUACGCCAUCACUCCGCAACGCUUUCGGUGACCUGAUGCCGACAGUCGCUGAGAAAAUCGCCAACUGCAACAGGCCCUUCACGGGUCAGGCAGCAUCCCUGGUGAAAAGGAAUGGGUGAUGUUUCGGGUCAAGACCCUAUCUUUAGACCCUGAUGAAGGGUCUCGACCCGAAGCGUCACCUAUUUUCCAUUCCCCCUGAGAUGCUGCCUGACCCGUUGAGCUACUCCAGCUUCUUGUGUCUGUCUUCGAUUUAAACCAGCAUCUGUAGUUCGUUCCUACACAGAGUUUGGAUCAAGUAGAUCCAGGGACAUGCCAGUUAUAGUUGAUUCUUUGGAGCUGUUUCAAUGGCUUCCGCUGUGUUUAAACUUAGCGUUCAUCUUCGACCCUCUCCCCAUGUUUAAGGCGGCUGAUCCUUAGUUUGCAGGGACUGAUCCCUUGUUACAGGGAGCAACCCCUGUGGAGCCUGAUCCCCAAGGUUCAGCAGCCCUGUUGCCACUUUUGAGCAGGAGUUAGAGAGCACGGCAGAAUUACUUUGCGUAGAAAUGACUUGUAGUUUGAGACGCCAGUUAAAUUAAGUCACGUUUGUUGUCGUUAGUUUAGAAAUGGGUGGGCCGGGGGGGCCUGUUUCUGCUCAGUAUCUCCAAACUAAACUAAACUACAAGGGCAAGGAUUAAACCUGCACUUAAACCUGUGCGUAACAUGGCAAGGAUAUCGAGUGGGCAAACUGUGCCUCAAUUCACCAGCAGACAUUUGUAUUUGCCGUUCAUUGAAUGCCAAGGAGCAACGUUCAUCAAUAAAAAGUUAAUCUUGAA